ACUGGCUAUACUCUGUAAAUAAUGUGACCAACAAGGAAGCAUGUGCAUCAUUUUUACCUCAACUACUCCAGCAAUCACACUGACAACUGACUACCAAAGGGAUACUCACACUGAUCUGCAAAUAUGUCCAGACUUUGAUGACCACAAAGCCAUUCAACUCCAAGAAAAUGGGGAGUACGAUGGCAGUCAAAGAAAGGCAUCCACCAUAAACACAUCCCUGCCAAGAUGUGAUAAAAAUCUUUCUGCUGACAAAAUCCCGGGCUUCAGCUUUCUUCCUGAUAGGAUUAAAGACUUUCUCUACUAUAAUCACUGUCGCCAUUUCCCAAUGCUACUGGACAUCCCUGACAAAUGUGGACGAGCUGAUGAAUCUGCAGACAUCUUUCUUCUGCUGGUCAUUAAAAGCCCCCCUUUAAAUUACGACCGCCGAGAGGUGCUGCGUAAAACCUGGGCUCAAGAGCGGUUACACAAUGGUGUGUGGAUCAAGAGGAUCUUCAUCUCAGGAACGUCGGGUACUGGUUUGGGGAAAACGAAGCUGAAUAAACUCCUCGCUCUGGAGCAAGAGGAGCACAAUGACAUUCUACAAUGGGACUUUAACGAAUCAUUCUUAAACCUCACCUUGAAGCAGAUACUCUUCUUAGACUGGAUGGAAAGAAACUGUCAGAACAUUCACUUCCUGCUAAAUGGCGAUGAUGACGUCUUUGUCAACACCAACAAUGCGGUUGAGUAUCUCCAAGGCCUCAAGAAUAAUGACGGAAGGAGGCACCUCUUUACUGGCCAUCUCAUCAGACGUGUGGGUCCAAUUAGAUCAUCAAAGAGCAAGUAUUAUGUUCCAUUGGAGGUAUACAAGUCAAACUUAUAUCCCCCUUACUGUGGCGGUGGGGGCUUCAUCAUGUCUUUCUACACAGCUUUGGUCAUACACAGGAUGUCCCAGUCGAUUCCUAUGAUUCCCAUUGAUGAUGUUUACAUGGGCAUGUGUCUGGCCAAAGCAAAACUAGCACCUGUUUCUCAUAUGGGUGUGAAGACGGCAGGAUGGCACAUUCCCUCCAGAAAACUAGAUCAAUUUGACCCUUGCUAUGUAAAAGAACUGCUUCUGUUACACGGAUUCCGACCAAAUGACAUGUAUGUCAUGUGGGAGACAAUACAGGAGCCCAAUCUGAUAUGUUGAUCCUCAACAAAAUUGCUUUGGAGAAAAACAGUAAUUUCCAGGAGCUUAUUGUUUGCUCGUAGUUUGCGAGAGCAGACAUGACCUUCUUCAUUCUAUCAUGAGAAAAGGUUUAAAAUAUUUUGCUGCAGCUUCUCAGCAGGCGUCUGUCCAAUGCAGUCCAAAUCAUUUAUUUUUAAAUUUUUUGUGUGGCGUGCAGAGAGUAUGCUUUGUGUAUUACAUACUUGCAUAACUGCUGUCAGCUUGAUGUUGUGAUAGUGAUGUGACUAGGGCUGGUGUUGAUCUGCAAUACUUUCUCACUACAAACUAAAAUUAAAUUGCUUGUUUGUUAGCAAUAAUAUCUGCUCUGUAAAUGACAUUCUGUGUUAUCUUAGAAAAACAAAAGGGAGAAUAAUGUUUUAAAUUUCUUGGUUUUGUGAGGUCACCCAGUGUCAGUGUUAGGUCCCUGUCUCCAUAGAUGGAGAACUUGUUUCCAUCCAGCCAAUUAUAUUACUUAAUGUUAACCCAAAGUAGGGCUUUAAAAAUGACUAUUUUCAUUGUCAAUUAAGCCGUUGAUUCAUCGAUUAGCCCCGCGACCCUGUACGCAGGAUAAGCGGUUGACGAUGGACGGAUUCAUCGAUUAGUUGUUUAGUUUAAAAAAUGUCAGAAAAAUGUCGAUCAGAUUCCCCAAAGUCCAAGAUGACACAAUGCGAAUAGUCAGUUUACCGCGAUAGAGGAUAACUGAAAUCAGAAAACAUUUAGCCUACAUUUCAGAGGCUGGAGUGAGAUACCUUUUCUUAAAAAACAGUUUUAAUCUAAUAGUUCACAAUUAAUUGAUUAGGCGUUGCACCUCUAAACUAUGGAUAAAGCAGAAACAAAACUGUUCCAUCAUAGUCACACUAACAGCGAGACAGCAACCUGCUAAGAGCACAAUAAGAGCCACAAACUUUGAACAACAACCUAGAUUAGCUUUUCCUGCUAAAGUCUCCUUUUCAUCCAACCUUCAAACAUGAACAUGUCUUGUCCUGCACCUUAGCUUGUUGAACAAGUGAACAGUCACAGGGGGAAAGUGCAACACUACUGUCAUAUUAGCAAAUUAGCUGGUCAGCUGCAGCACAUUAAACUAACGUCACAUGUGAAAGUACCCGCAAAUAUCACUUAGGUCCGUUUGAAUGCUGGUGUGGUCAUUACUCAAUACCACCACUGGCUUGUGAGCUACAGCUCCAGUUUGUUGAAUUCAGCCUGCCAGCUUCUGUCCGCCAAACACAGACAAUGACCCACACCCAUCCAUCUGCAAAAAGAAGCACUCCAGACAUUUCCCAUAAUACACUUUUCUUCCAUUUAAUCAUAAAAUACUAUUGACAAUACAGUUUAAAAACACGUUGACAAUAUUUUUUUGACUGCAAAAAAGGGAUGACAUGAUUUUCAGUUCAGUUUCUUUAAAGUUUUCAACUAUGCUAGCAGCUCUGUGGUCAGGAUGUUCUUUGUGCUGAAUGCUAACAUGCUCACAAUGACCAUGCUAACAUGCCGGUGUUCAGCAGGUGUGAUGUUUAUCAAGUUCACCAUCUUAGUUUACAGUGUUAGCAUGCUAAUGUUUGCUGCUUAGCAUAAAUACAAUUGAGGCUAAUGAAAUGUCAUUAGUUUUGCAAGAAUUGGGUCAAAAAUAAGACAAAAUUACAAAUUCACACAACUUUAAAUACUGACCGUUUGAUGGCGCUAAAUGACAUAAAGUCAGAUACUAUGUCAAAUGUCAUCCAUCUAUCCACAUUUUACUCAAAGCCACAAAUGUAAAUCUCAUGUUGGCAGAGGAGGGAUAUUCAGUUCCAAAGCCACUGGGAUUCAUCCUCUGGACACCAUGAAUGUCUGUGCAAAAAUUCAAAUGAAUCCAAUUAUAUUUUAGAUCUUUUUCAGUCCAGAACAAAGUGGUGAACUUAACUUAUAGUGCUGCCAACCACAGAGCUGCUAGCAUGGAGCCUACAUUUGUGAAGUUAAUAGCUACUUGAACUACAUGAUAACAGAAACAACGGAUGAGGAGACAACUUACAUAGUGUUUGGAGGGAUUCCUCCUCUUCUGCACGUCCACAACAUUAACGUCAAGGACAGUGGGGAGCUGCAUCUUCACAAACCAAGUAGGAUUUGCACCAAGAAACACUCCAAAUGCUACAAAAGAAGAUGUUCACCCAUGAAAACGAUAUGGAGGAUCAGAGACCAUACGGGAACUGCCUUGUGAGGAAUUCUGGUUAGAAAUGCAAACUUGAUAGAAGGAUUAAAAAGUCUUUCAGCACUCUGCAGGCUCUGGGUGCAUGCACGAAAUGAUGGUGUCGGGCGGUGUCGGGCGGUCUCGGCGCUUCUGAACUCCUUGUGAAACAUGACAACGCAGUAAAACUGGCGUUUAAUCAAUCUUCUCCUCCCUUAAGAGGGGCUGGACUGCCUCAGGAAAGUACGGACAGGAGGGCAGUACAAAUCAAUAUGUACGGGGCGGUGCCGUUUCAGCUGGCUGGACACGCUGCACGGGUCCCUUUGAAGAAGUGGGACCUGUUUCUUGUGUCUCACGUGUAACAUUGUACCAAACUCUAUUAAUGCUACAUGGUUUUAGUAGCUUUUACUUAAAACGUAUGCAAAUAGAUGCACAGAAGUUGAAGAAAGGCAUAAGAAUUGACAAACAUUGAUGUUUUAUGUUUUUAAAGUUUUUGUGUCAAUAAACUCUAAAUACUC